CGUACCACUGACAGUUUGCCACAUCGGACCAAAAAGGCGCAUGUAGAUAUGGCUAUGUCCCUGUCUUGUUUCUCUUUCCUUUUCCAACAGUCCAUCACUCUGCCCAAUUUCAAUGGAGUCCCUGUCAAAAAAUAGAGCAUUUAAUUAAGUAAUCGAAGAGAAAAAGACCUUAAAGAAUGGGAAAGAUUGCAGCAGCUCAUACAUCAUGUUCUUGCACAUGCCACUACAACUUUUUGGUGCCCAAAUUGAAGGGAGGAGGAUUCUUGUUCUUGCAGGCAAAGCAAAAGCCAAUGAUUGUCAAGUCCCAGAUGAUAAAUACUAAUGCAACAACUUAUACUUCCAAAAUUAGCACUGAUAUUCCUCUCCAUGAAAUCCCAGGGGUACUAGUUUCAUUUGAUCGGUAUCUGGAGAACAAGCCUCGAGUUUUCAAGGCCAUUUUUCCUGACAAAAGAAGGAGCCAACAGCUCAAUGAGGAAGAGUGGAGAAUUCACAUGCUACCCAUAGAGUUCCUAUUUAUAACAGUGUGGCCAGUUAUUGAUAUGAGAUUGAGAUGUAAAUUCAAAGGAGUCGAGUACCCACCUGGGAUCUCGCAUGAUGUUUCUAAGGUUCUUGAACUCGACAUAAUAAGAUGGGAGCUUCAGGGGCUGGAUGAUGCGCUGAAGCCAUCUCAGUUCUCACUUGGUGUAAAAGGCUCUCUUUACCCCGAUAGGAAUGGACAACGGAGCAGGCUGAAAGGUCAACUACAGAUGAGCAUUAGCUUUGUUCUUCCACCCUUGCUAGCUUUGGUUCCCGAAGAUGUUCGUAGAGAUGUUGCUGAGUCGGUGCUAAGUGGGCUACUGCAGAACAUGAAGAGUAAAGUAAAUGGUAGCUUACUCUCUGACUAUGCUGAAUUCAAGAGGGAAACGCAGAAGAACUCAGUCUGAACACUUUAAUCGAACAGAAAUCUUUCAAAUUGACAUUAGUAUUCAAUGGUAUCUAAGAAUGAGGAACUUCUGUAAUUUUAUUCAUGGGAAUUGCACAUAGAUACAUACAAUACAGGAUAAGUAUUCCCAAAAUUUUGAAAGUUAAUUCUUUCUGAGUUGAAAAAAUAAAAGAAUCUUUCUGAAGAUGAAUGUCGAAGUUAUGUGCAAGUGACAAGCGAGUUUUAUACAUUACAAUUUGAGAUUUGUGUCU